UUGUCUUCUCUUUCAGUUCUUGCUUCACUGAUUAUUUUUUGAAUUUUAUGUUUUGCUCUUCCUUUUUCUGGAUCAAAGUUUGAUAGUUUGCAAUAGGUGUAAACCUGUUUUGCAUGUUGAUGAUUUGGGGCUGUUUCAGUCUUGCACUGGUUUUUUUUAUCUUCUUGCCUCCGUUUGGUGGCUAAGAAAAUGAAGGAAAGGGAAAAGGAAAUAGCCUUUGAGGUCUAUGGUCUCUGUUGUUUUGCUCUGUGUGUUUAUGAGACACUUGUUAGUUCAAAAUCUCGUUUCUUUUAGGGUCAUCAAUGAUAAAAAUUUGUAUUUUUUCCUUUUACAUUGUUUCUCAGGAACAACUAGGUAGACGAUUUAUACUGUUUUGUAGAAAAACCCUAUGCAUUUUUUUACGAGGACAAGCUGUACAGUUUGGUAGAAAAACCCUAUACAUUCUAUUUAUGAGGACAUUCUUGUAUUAGUUAUAAAAAUUAUGUUCUUAUGAUCUAUUUAAACAUUUAGAAGAUCAAAAUUAAGUUGAGAAAUUAGAGGAAUGAGGUCCACUACUUCAGUUGGAACAUAGACAUCUUGCAUUAACUAAAAUAUCAGGACUUCGCAUGAUUUAAUAAAUUGUAUUCAGAAAUUGGUUCCUUGGGCUUUUCUUGAAGAGGAUUAAUUUUCAAAGUAUAUGGGUUAACAUUUCAUUUGAUUUGUAGGAUUCAAAGUGUAAAUACUAAACCCUUAUCACAUUAUGAUUGCUUAAGAUCCAUUUACAUGCCCAUAUGACAGAAUAUUGGAUGUAAUAGAUUAUGGUAUUCUUUUUUUUUCUUUUGUUCUCUUUGUUUAUUACCUUUUUCUCCAUAUAUCCUACUGAUGUGUUUAGGAGCUUAUUACCUUUUUAUUACUUUAUCACAUUAUGAUUCCUUAAGGCAACAUGUUUGGAUGGUGAUCAAAGCCUUGAUCCAUCGAGAACCUUUAACAAGUUGUUUGUUGCUUACAUGGUUUUUUAUUUUUUUAAGUCAUUGCUUCAUUGUAAUGCUUCCCACCUUUCCUACCUUCCUCUCUGUGCAUGUCCAUAUUCGGGUGCUUUAGAAAAAAAUCAUCUUAAGGGACUUUGGACAGUUUUUAUAAACUGUCUUUAGGUGCUGUUGGCAUAAUUUGGGUUUUAAUGCUUCUUGUACUAGAUGAAUUCACUCUCUGCAUAGAAUGGUUACAUGUGAAUGGAUUGAUAUUCGUAUGCUUAUUGCAUUAUGUUUCUACCAGAUAAUUAUAAAGCUGAUGGAUUUCAACCUAGCAACACACCACCAGCUAACCUUGCAAAUUCACUAUGAAAUAGAGAUCGAAGAAACCAAUUUCGUAAGAGUCAUUUUUGUUUAGUAUGGAUUUCAUAGAUAAAGGUGUAGCCUGGGCUAGGAACAUAUGCGAAACGUUUGAAGCUAUGUGCUUGGAGGUGGAUGAUAUCAUGUACAAGCAUGCAGAACAAGCAAUGGGUAGCCAAGACGAUAUGUCACUCCCAACCUCAUAUGAGUUUGCAGGGUGCAAAUUUUUCAGGAAGGCAGUGGAAAGUAGUAAACUUGUAAAUGCCAUUGCUCAUCCUUCAAGUGCUCUGCUAUCUUCUAGUUCUGUUACUUGCAAUGAAUCUUCCAAGUGUAAAGGUUGGGAUAUUGAUCUUAUCCCUGGUGAUGCCUUGUAUGCAGAAACAGUUAACAACCCUGCAGCCUAUGGGACUGUAUCUGCAUUAAAGCUUUCCCAAGAUGGGUUUGAGGCCUACAAUAAAUUUGCUGAGUCAGAGCUUUCUGUUUCUCUUCUUGAAAUUGGAAUUACCAAUGUUGCUGAGCCAAGCAUGACAACCAUCCGGGCAAACGAUAAGUUGAAGCUUGAUGAAAAUUACACUGUAGUGGAGAGUCAUGAACGUUGUUCUGCCUCUUGUAAGGCAGCAAAUCAUAGAUAUUGCAAGGAGUCUCAAGUCUCGAAGACAAGGUUAGCGAGAGGGGAGGAUAACAAGCUGCAAGCAGGAGAUGUUGAUGCGGGAUCCAAUCAACAGAAGGGUCAUGAUUUGUGGGAAUCUGAGUGGGUGCUUGUCUAGAUAAAUUACCACUGGUUUAAGGAUGCUUUAAAUUGUGGGAGAAGGUGGAUUGGGGUUUUCUUGAUGGAGUAUUUUUAAUGCUUUUAUGGACAUAACGAAAUUUUGUUUUGUUACUUGAAUUUUCAGACAAGAGUAGUCAUAUUGACAAAAAUUCAACAAACUGAUAGGGAAACAAUGUUAAUGGUGAAUGAGUGCUUCAAAUA